AUGGUGGAAGGAAGAAGAGUAUGUUCCCUUCAUUUUUUGCCAAGUGCCUAUAAGGAACAAUCUUGGGCACAACAGCAAUUGCCUGAAUCUUUUCGCCGUCUACCGCGUUUGAAAAAAGAUGCUGUUCCAACUGAAUAUUUGGCAUUGGAUAUUUCCGACGAAAAUCGGAGAGUUCAGGAUGAAAGGGACACCAAUAUUGUAUUAACUCACUCAGAAACUCAGAGUUCUAGGUCUCCAGAAGAGUCUCAACAAGAAAACCUCAAUGAGCAGAGUCAAAAAUUGAUACUUUUGUUACAGCAAGUAGAAGAAUUAAAGAAAACGAAUGAACAAUUGAGGGAGGCUAAUGAAAGAUUGAUGCAAAAGGUGAUUACGACAGAUAAACAGCUCAAGGAAAAAGACAAAAUAAUUGAGAAAAUAGAUAAAUUGCUUGGAAAGAAAGAUUGCUUGCACAAGAAACUUGGCGUGCAAGAAAGAAGAAUAUCCAAAGCUGAGAGUAAAAAAAUGAAAUACCAAAGAAUAUUGCAAAGUGUUUUCACACCAGGACAAUUGAAAAUACUCUCCAACGAAAAUUUAAAAAAAACAACAUGGUGUUCUGAAGAUAUUGCAUCGGCCAUAUCUUUACGAAGCAUUAGUCCCAAAGCUUAUAGAUUCGUUAGGAACAGUAUGAAAAUCCCUCUACCAGCUAUGACAACCUUGAGAAAUUGGGCCCGAAAGUUUGAUGUUAUGCCAGAUAUUUUAAAUGACGUCCUAGCCAUUAUGAAAAACAAAGCUGGAAGCUUAACAGAAUUAGAGAAAUUGACAGUAUUAACUUUUGAUGAGGUUUACAUCUCCAAUGACGUGGCAAUUAACAGGAAGGAUGAAGAAGUUAUUGGGCCUCAUAAAACAUGUUAA